AUGCUGCCAGUAGCAGACGAGGUGCAGUUACAUGUGUUCGUGGAUGCCAGUUCUAGUGCAUAUGCAGCCGUCGCGUAUCUGCGCAUAUGCAAAGGGGAAGACGUUGAUAUCGCAUUUGUCGCCGCUAAAUCGCGUUGUGCUCCUCUUAAGGGCAUGACAAUUCCCCGCUUGGAACUGCAAGCCGCAGUUCUUGGUAGCCGUCUUCAGAAGUCAGUUGUGGAAUACCACGACUUCAAUAUACAUCGCAUCGUAUUGUGGAGUGACUCAAAGACAGUAUUGCUCUGGAUCCGCUCGACGACUAGAGAAUACAAACAAUUCGUCGCUGGUAGAAUCGCCGAAAUCAUUUCUAGCACAAACCCAUUACAGUGGAGAUGGUUGCCCUCGUCGUUGAAUGUUGCCGACGAUGCCACACGAGGUCAGCCCAUGACAGAAUCCGAUGCACGAAACCGCUGGUUCAAGGGGCCUACCUUUCUGCAACUCCCAGAAUCUGAGUGGCCAAAAGAAGUUACGCCACUUACGUCAACAGGAUGUGCUGCCGAGGAGAAGAAAAUCUUGCUUCUCACCUCAACAACAGAUGAGUAUGUCAUUAAUUUUACAAAAUUUUCGUCUUUUUUGAAGUUACUUAGGGUAACGAGCUGGGUGUUACGAUUCAACUUUAACGCAAGAAACCGUAUUCGCCGUUCAGGAGAGCUAAAAGCAUUUGAGAUCACUGACUCAGAAGUCUUCGUAUGUUGCCGCGUUCAGGAAGAGGUCUUUCCUAACGAAUUAGAAGAGUUGCUCUCCAAGCAAAAAGUGUCGAAGUCGAGCCCGUUAUACCAACUUACGCCAUUUUUAGACAUCGAUGGUUUGAUUAAAGUGAAUGGCCGCAUCGAUGCAGCAUAUUGCCUCCCUCUAUCGGCACGUCGUCCAAUCAUAAUGCCUCAACGCCACCACGUAACCAGUCUCUUAGUUUCAUAUUGGCACAAAAAGCUUCAUCAUCAGAAUGAUUGUCUCACAAUAAAUCAAAUUCGGCAAAAGUUCUGGGUACCACACAUCCGAGCAGUGCUUACGUCAGUAAAAAAACGUUGUUCCGUAUGUAUCAUCAACACAGCCAAGCCAAGUGCGCCGAUGAUGGGUCAAUUGCCUGUCGAUCGCCUCACGCCUUACGUUCGUCCAUUCAGCUACACAGGAGUCGAUUACUGCGGUCCAUUUUUCGUCACUAUUGGUCGUCGUAGAGAGAAACGCUGGGUUGCGUUAUUCACGUGUUUAACCGUCAGAGCCAUACACCUGGAGGUAGCUGAGGAUUUAUCGACCGAUGCGUUCAUAAUCUGCAUCAGAAACUUCAUCAACCGUCGUGGCACACCCGUACGAAUGCGAAGCGAUAACGGAACUAAUUUCGUUGGCGCCCAAAAACUAUUACGCGUCGAAGAGAGACUAUUUGACUUUAACCGUAUUGAACAAGAUUGCGCCGAACGCGGUAUAGAGUGGAUCUUUAAUUGCCCUGCGAACCCGGCUGCUGGAGGAUGCUGGGAAAGAUUGGUUCAGUGUGUAAAGCGACUUUUGGAGCGAGUGCUAAAGGAAGAAGCGCCUCGUCUGGAAACAUUCAGAAGUACUUUAAUUGAAGCUGAAAACAUCUUAAACAGCCGUCCGCUUACAGAUAUUCCAAUCUCACAUCACGACCAAGAGCCGCUAACGCCGAACCACUUUUUGUUGGGUUGCCUGAAUUCAACGCAAACUCCAAGUCUCGAAGAAGAAAAGUUGUGCACCAGAAAGCAAUGGAGAAUUUCGCAAGCCUUGAAAGAUCGUUUGUGGAAAAGGUGGACCAGUGAGUAUUUGCCAUCCCUAAUAUGUCGCCCAAAAUGGAGGGAACAAGUCAAACCACUACAGCCAGGACAGUUGGUAAUAGUAUGCGAACCAAAUUUCCCGAGAAGUAAAUGGCUCAAAGGCAGAAUUAAGGAAGUGUUCGCCGCAAAGGAUGGCCAAGUCCGAUCCGCUAUAGUUCAAACCAGCACAGGAGAUUUGCGAAGACCAGCCGCAAAGCUAGCCGCUUUAAAUAUUUGUGAAUCCCAAUAA